CUUCCGGGUCAAUAGCAAAAUGGCUGUUUGUAGGGCAUUGCGGUUGCUGGCCGCCGACUCCUGGGGCGGGGUGGGUUUCCUCAUUUACGGCUCGAGGUUUGCACCCUGUGUUUCUGUUAGAGCUCAUUCUGGCAGCGCCGAGCAAAAGCAAACUCAUUUCGGAUUUGAGAGUGUGCCCGAGUCGGAAAAGGCACAGAGAGUUUACAAAGUGUUUAAAAAUGUUGCUGAGAAAUAUGAUGUAAUGAACGAUGCCAUGAGCUUUGGCAUCCACAGGUUGUGGAAAGAUACACUUCUUCAUACAAUGAACCCACUGCCUGGAACAAAAUUACUCGAUGUCGCUGGAGGGACAGGAGAUAUUGCCUUCAGGUUUAUGGAUUAUGUAAAAUCGCAGCAGGAAAGACGAAGACGGCAAGCAGUGAAACUUCACCAGAGUCCUUCAUGGCAACAAAUCAGUGAUGCUUAUCAACAGCAAAAUGAAGCUGAUUCAGAUCUGGAAUCCAAAGCAGUAAUCUGUGAUAUUAAUAAGGAAAUGUUAAAGGUUGGAAAACAAAAGGCAGAACAGUUGACCUAUUCUGAAGGUUUGUCCUGGGUGGUGGGAAAUGCUGAAGAGUUACCAUUUGAUGAUGACAAGUUUGAUUUUUAUACAAUUGCCUUUGGAAUUAGAAAUUGUACACACAUUGAUCACGUAUUGCAGGAGGCUUAUCGGGUGUUGAAGCCGGGUGGAAGGUUCCUGUGUCUGGAAUUCAGCAAAGUAGAGAAUCCAAUUAUUUCCAGUCUUUACAGUCUGUACAGUUUUCAAGUGAUACCUGUACUGGGGGAGGUCAUUGCUGGUGACUGGAAAUCCUACCAGUACCUGGUGGAAAGUAUCCAGCGAUUUCCUCAGCAGGAGGAGUUCAGAGAAAUGAUUGAGGAUGCUGGAUUUUACAAAGUGGAAUAUAACAACUUGACCAUGGGGAUUGUGGCUAUUCACUCAGGAUUUAAGCUGUGAAUUUGAAGUGACUGAAAGAAAAUCGAGAUGCUCAGUCACAGAGAAACAUUUACGUGCAUUACUGUUUUUGGUGCAGAAACAGCUAUGGAUAUCACUGAGUUGAUUAUUCACUAGCAACCACAGAGUUGGAGGGUAAAAUCUAACAGUGCAGCAUCAUAUAAUUGUGUUACACUUGUACUGUAACGGUGCAGGUACAUCUUAUCUGCUCCUGUUUUGUGUUGUUUUCCUCUGUGAGGAUGUGUUUUCUGGUUUCAAUGAAGAAGGGCCACUAAUUGGUUCAAAAAAUGCCUAAAGCAUAAAUGAAAAUUUGGCACAGAUGACUAAACUUUGAAACGAUCAGACUGUUAAAAAUGACACUUAAGUUCUGAGAUGUUUUAUGUCAUGAAUCCCAGCAGUAGAAUGUCAUAUAUUAGCCACAAAUUUAUUUAAAAACUUCCAAGAUUUUUCAAAAUGACUCAUUCUCUUUCUCUCUGCAUGGUAUAAUGAAAGGUAUGGAUAUUCAAUGAGACACCAAGGCUCCUCUUAUUAACAGUUUUACUUGUAUUAGUUAAAAGGAGGUUCUAUUUGACUUAGCCCAUCAUUAAGUGCAGAACUAAUGUUAUGGCCAAGAACAAGUACUAGUUUCACAUUUCACGAUAGAAUAAUGCAUAACAAUAUGCAUUAGAGUUUCUUCACAAAACUAGUUCCAUCAUGAAUUGUCUUAUCUGUGGUGUUGGGUGAGUAUGGGAUCGAGCAUGCUAUGGUUUCCUCAGCACCAGACUGCAGUCCUAUUUAGCAGUCUGAGAAUGGAACUCUUAGAUUGGCUAGAUGCUGUGAACCAGCAUGUAGAAGCUGACGUUGUGUCUACAUAGGUCAUCACCUUGAGGGAGCAUGUAAUCGAAUCGCCAAGGAUGAAUCCUUAAACAGGACUAUACAUUUCCUUAGUAGAUUAGCAUUCAUACUGACCUACUAAGCUCCUAUAUCAUUCUCUACUUCAAGACACUACAACCAUAUCUGACAUCUAUUUUGUGAGAAUACCAUUGGUAUUCUUAUCGUUUUACCUGCUGAGAUUAUGCCCCUGACUACUUUAGGAGAAAUGUGAUUGCAUUGAUCACUCUCCAUCUUUCAUUGUUAUCACCUCUGGUUCUAAAGUUCAGAUUAUUCUACUGCUGCUUCCUCAUUGGCAAAGUGCUCUCCCAGAGCCCAUUUGUUGCACCUCUAAUCUUCCUUAUCUAUCACUAUCCAUAUAGACCUGCAAAGUUGUUAGUGGCCUGAGUAAACUAUUGGCUACAACAUUUGAAUAGAGACUUGGUAUGUUAACAUACAGUAGUGAACAGUUCUCAAAUCUAAUGAACCUUAAGAUUUUUGUAGCAGUCCAUUAAAAUGGACUCAAUGGUUAGUUUCUCUUCACCAAUUUGUACUGCAAUUAGUCAAACAUUUCAUUGUCAUCCUUAAAAAGAUCAGAACUGUAAUGCUGCCAGUUUGACAAAAAAAAAUUCUGGAUGACUAAGCUUUGUAGUGUGUCUGCUGUUCUUUGUUUUUUUUUAUGAAUUCGUUGUUUCAUAUAAAAGGCAGUUUUGAAUCACCCAGUAAGUGAAUAAAUUAUGCAGAUCAUCCUUGAGCAAAAUCUUU